AUGGUCCAAACAUUUCAAUUUCGUUCCCCGGCAUCGCCUAGCCUGAUCGAAAGCAUUCUUUUUACCCCCGCCGAAAUUAAGGCGCCACCCCACGCCUCCGCCAACAUAAAAACGAACCACCACCCACCUCGGGGCAUUCGGUCGCUCUCGCCGCACUCCCGCACCACUCACGAUCUUUUUUUCAGACGACAUCCAGAUUGUCCCCUGACUGCCUUGUGCGCAACCAAGACUUUGCACAAACGGCCAGAGUAUAUUUGGAAGGACCCGUUUGCGCGCGUCAUGGCUCCGGGGUCCCCAGAUGGCAGCCCUGCCACAGCCAGCUACCACAGUCGGACAGCUGCCGAUGAAUUGACGGCUGAGCCUCCGGCGAAACGACAGCGACACAAUGAUAGUCCCAAUACAGCCCCACAGAGACGCCAAGCUGCGUGCCAGCCAUGUCGACUCCGCAAGAUCAAAUGCGAUAAGAAACGACCAUCUUGUACUAUAUGCGACACUGGAGGCCAGCAGUGCAAGUACCUGGAGGACGGGGCCGAGAAGCUGACUCUGGAAACUGUCACAACCACUCUGCUACAGAGAUUUGAGGAUAUUAGCUCUGAGCUUGCCAGUCUCAAAGGCCUCGUACAGCCUCGAUACCAAGGGCCAGCAUAUGGCCCUUCUCCCGACGUCUCUGAGCGAGCAGCACCCGUACACACGCCAGCCUCAAUUAAUGUCGCGCCUCAGCGGCCUCUGCCGCCUCUGCCGCCUCAACAGCUGGAGCCGUCUCGAGACUUUUUGCAAAUUCCGCAGCACCCUGCUAGUGCAGACACUGUCCUUCGCUGGGAGAUUUUCGAAGACAAGUUUCCUGCCAACGCUUUGAUAAGCAGCCUCUUUAAGCCCAGUUUAGCUGACACAGCUGACGACCUCAUUGCCUCCCCCUCGCGUCUGACGCCUCUGGAUGAAGAGAACAUCCCAUCGCUUGUUGAUAAGUUCCUUCAAAAUGUACAUACGAAGAACCCAAUCCUGGACGUCGAGGCGCUCGUCAAGCACGGCAGACGAUGCGCUGAUCAAGGCAUUGGAUGGGACGGCCGGUCAUGCUUGGUGCUCCUGGCAUGUGCGCUGGGAUCCGUUGUCAAGCCAUUUGAUACGCCAAUCCCACAGUCGCCAAACAUUUAUCGGUGUACGAAUGAUCCCAUGAGAGGGCCUGCUGCAUCCUCUUCAACAAUAUAUGCCAAGGAGCUACAGCAGGCCGACUCUUGCUUUGCGCUGGCAUGUCGACGACUCGGCUCCCUCAAAUACUCUCUUCUCGGUGCUCAGUGCCACUUUUUCGCAGGAGUAUAUCUCAUGUAUACAUUACGGCCACUUGCAUCUUGGCACUACUUUGUACAUGCCUCGAUCUUCUUCCAAGUACAUCUCCGAAUGACUCACGGGGUAGCCGGGGACGUUGGAGAAGCUCUCAACGCUCCCUCGAGCCAGUUGGAUUCCACAACAAGAAAGCUCAAGCGUCUUGAACAGAGCCUGUACUGGUCUGCAUUCAAGUCAGAGUGCGAAUUUCGCGUCGAGUUGCCACUGCAGCAGUCUGAAAUAAGCCUGAGUGAAUAUCCUGACUUGUUCCCAUCGCCGCCUUCGCCGCUACCGACAGAAAACCCUAGCGAAGAUGGGACUACUGAUGACCACACUUCGACAGGCGCGGAAGACUUGGAACUUCGCCGACACGCGGUGCGUCUUUGCAACGAGGAAGAAAGCUGGUAUUAUUAUCUGACAGAAAUCGCCCUUCGACGUAUUGGCAACCGCAUCGUCAACACCUUCUUUCGUCAAGGGCGGUCGGCUUGGAUCCUGAACAUGAAGCCGUUGCUACGAAUGGCAAAAGAGUUUGAGGUUCAGGUAUCCGCUUGGUCGGCACACUUGCCUCCAGCCAUGCAGCACUACGAAACAACCUCCGUCAUUCGCGCGCCACAUGAAGGAACAUCAAAUCACGUUACACGAGAGCUUAGCUGGGCGGUCGACAAUAGAUUGUUGGAGAUGCAGACGUGGCUGUACCAACCAUUUCUGUUUUAUUUUAUCCAUGUCGCUAAGCCGAACCUGUUGCGGUGUAUUCCGGCGUCAAAAGCCAUGGAGCCCACAAUCAGCAGCCUACUUAACUCGCCGCCAACCACCACCCUUGGCGCGGACAGCCUCGAAUCCAUCGACGAUAUGCCAAAACUGGACCAUGAAGAAUUGGAACUCUUACAUUCGCUGGUGGCGCCCGGCAUUGAGUGCUGCUUAAAGACAAUCGACGUGCGGUCCAGGGGCCACCGCCACCACGGCCUGUGGUAUGAUCUGCGUAGCAUCAUGACGGCGUCCGUGAUUCUGCUCGCCAUUGUCAAAAGCGGCCAGGCCGACUGGAUCCCUGGCGGUGCAGACGCAAUAUGGGGUCCAACAUCGGGUCAGUUCUGGCAUGGGAGCCAGGACCCCAUCGGCGGCAAGAUUGGGAAAGUCUUGAUACAAUUUGAAUUUUGGGCUGAGGAAUCACCGGAUCUAUUACGCUACAAGGACAUUUUGGAGGAUUUAGUGCGCGAUAUCCGCGGAGGCUAUUCAUGA